CCAAACUCAUCACUUUUUCGGCAUAACAAAGAAAGAAAACAAUCAAAAAUUUAGUCUACGAAGAGAGUUUGAAAGAAUUAGUUCGAAAGUGUUUUUUUUUUAUAGAGAAAUAAUGUCAAAAUUGCUGUUUUUACUAUUUUUGGCUGGAUUGCAAGUAGCAUUCGGGCGUUAUCAUCCCUUAUCCGAUAAAUUCAUCGAGGAAAUUAACUCGAAAGCGACAACAUGGCGUGCCGGCAGAAAUUUCGACGAAAGUGUCUCGAUGGAUUACAUUCGUAAGAUGAUGGGAGUUCAUCCGGAUGCUCAUCGUUUCCGUGAUCCCGUGAUGUUGCACGAAAUUAGCGAUGACGAGGACUUCCCGGAGAACUUUGAUGCACGCGAACAAUGGCCCAAUUGCCCGACAAUUAAGGAGGUUCGGGAUCAAGGAGGAUGCGGAUCAUGUUGGGCUUUCGGAGCAGUUGAAGCAAUGUCAGAUCGUUAUUGCAUCCAUUCUAAUGGCACGAAGCACGUUCAUUUCUCCGCUGAUGAUUUGGUUUCAUGUUGUCACUUAUGCGGUUUUGGCUGCAACGGAGGCUUUCCCGGCGCUGCUUGGUCUUAUUGGGUCCGUAAAGGAAUCGUUUCCGGAGGUCCUUAUGGCAGCAAUCAAGGAUGUCGCCCGUAUGAAAUUGCUCCGUGCGAACAUCAUGUCAACGGAACUCGUCCUCCAUGCGAAGCUGGCGGCAAAACUCCCAAAUGCAACAAAAAAUGCGAAGGUUCUUAUCCCGUAAAAUACUCGCAAGACAAACGUUUCGGCUUGAAAUCGUAUUCUGUCGCAAGUCAUCCGGAGCAAAUCCAAAAGGAAAUUAUGACAAAUGGACCUGUUGAAGGAGCUUUUACCGUUUACGAGGAUUUAAUUAACUACAAGGAGGGCGUUUAUCAACACACAACGGGAAAAAUGCUCGGAGGACAUGCCAUUCGGAUUCUCGGAUGGGGCGUCGAGAACGAUACGCCAUAUUGGUUGAUCGCAAACAGCUGGAAUACGGAUUGGGGAAAUAAUGGAUUUUUCAAGAUUUUACGCGGAUCUGAUCAUUUGGGCAUUGAGAGUCAAAUUUCAGCUGGAUUGCCAAAAUAUUAAGGUUGUGAAGGGAUUUUUUGUAAAAAAAUGGCAGCCAAAGAAGAAAUUCUGCUAUUUUUCGAGUAGUUUAUAGUUGUUGAAGACUUUCAUUCCACAAAUUUAAAGUUUGAAA